AUGGAUGUCGAAGGGGGUUAUGACGAAAUUGACGAAACAUAUGAUAAUGAUGACAGCACGGAAUUAGAUGAUGAGGAGGGGAAUGAUGAUGAUGUUGAUGAUGAUAACCCCCACCCCGCAGAAGCUGUUGCUGAUGCCAAUCAUGGCGACACUGCUGAAGACAUGGACAUUGCUGAUGCCGAUCAAGAUGUUGAUGGUGACCAGGACAUGGCAAUUCCUGAUGCUGAUGCUGAUCAAGACUUUGAUGGUGUUGCUGAUGCCCAUGUUGAUUCUGACACUGAUGUUGACGAUCCAAACUUUUUUCCAGCAGCUCACGAUAUGUCCGAUUCAGACAAUUCUGAUAUCGAUAGGCCCUUACCUGAUGACAAUGCUGGUGAUAAUGUUAGGGGGCGUGGAGAUGAUUUUUUGGAUGACUUGGUUGAGAAUACCAACCUGCAUGCUGCUAAAACAAUGCCACCUGAUGUCCCUGACCCUGCCAACCCCUAUGCAACUUCCCACAAGGAAUGGAAGACAACAACAACUGAGGAAAUGAAGGCUUUUAUUGGGAUAAAUAUCCUGAUGGGAAUCAAGCAGGUGUCUGAUUACAGAGAUUUCUGGUCGCAAGACACGGCUCUUCGUGAUGAGUACAUCACAUCAAAAUUUCCAAGGAGGGCAUAUGAAAGGCUUUGCCGAUUUAUUCAUUGCAGUAACCCUAAUCAGGUCAAUGCAAAUGAUAGAUUGGACAAAGUCCGCCCUCUCAUCACUGUCCUGGAUCGAACCUUUCCAGCCAUGUUCGAACCCGAUUCAGAACUGUCAAUUGAUGAGGCCAUGGUCAAAUUCAAUGGUCGUCUAGUAUGGAAGCAGUACAUGCCGAAAAAGCCAAUCAAAUGGGGUAUGAAGAUCUGGUGUCUUUGUGAUUCCAAAACUGGGUAUUGUUUGGCUUUUUCGGUGUAUACUGGUGCUGGCGACAAUGAUGAUGCAGUCCGAAUUUUUGGGCUGGGAUAUGCUGUUGUCAUGCGACUCAUGCAUGAUUAUCUCCUGUCUAAUCACAAGUUGUUUGCUGACAAUUUCUUUUCAAGUGUUACAUUAGCAGAAGACCUCAGCCAGGCCGACACCUACUACACUGGCACAGCAAGGGUAAAAUUUGGUGGACUAAAAGAAGACCUGUGUCCAGUGCAACAGACAACACCGGCGUACAGGGGCCGGGAACUACAUCCAGACGAGUUAUGGGUGUGA